AUGGAGGGCGACCUCAGCCCCUUCCCUUCCCCGGAUACGAGGAAACCAAAGUCCCGAGCCGGGAGCCAGCCCGGGAAGGGCAGCGCAGCCAUGUUUGGCACCGGCAACGCUCAUCCUUUCGAAGGAUUAACCCCCCCCUUUGUGGCUGUUUGUCACCAGAUCUCCCUGUGGUCCCUCUUGGUGACUCUGGUGGUCCUGUUCAUCCUGACCGGGAUCAUGCUGGGCCCGGAUCUGAUGGCGAGCAUUCCCGCCUCCGUCUACGCCAUCGCGGUGCUGAUGCCUCUGGCGGGCUACGCGCUGGGCUACGGCUUAGCCGCCCUCUUCAAGCUGCCCCCGCACUGCCGGAGGACGGUCUCUCUGGAGACGGGGUGCCAAAACGUCCAGCUCUGCACCGCCAUCCUGAAGCUCACCUUCCCCCCGGAGCUGGUGGGGAGCAUGUUCAUGUUCCCCUUGCUCUACGCCCUGUUCCAGUCGGCGGAAGCCGGGCUCUUCGUGCUGGCCUACAAGAUGUACGGGAGGGACGGCUACAAGCAAGACGCGCCGGGCGAGGAGGAGGAAGAGACGGAUGUUUCCUACAGGAAGCUGAAGGAGGAGGAGGCGGCCGACGCUUCGUACGGCAGCGUGAGCGCGGAGGAGCAGAGCUCCGCGGAGCCGGCGCAGACGGCGCUUUAG